AUGGCGGAUGCAAAGAAGCAUAACUCCCCUCCUUCAGUUCCUCCAAAAGAACCCAUCGAAGACAGCAAGCCAGCCUCUGGCACCUCUAACAGACCAAAGGAAGAGUCUCGCAACAAGCGUCGCCCUGAUUCUACACUGGGGCAGAAAGAAAACAAGCGGGAAAAUCUGGACAUUUCCUGUUCCCCAGAGAAGCGACUCCAUAAGACAUCUUCCGCAAACCCAAAGAUGCUUGACAGUUCAGAACAAGAUGACUGGGUUGAGAUCCCGUCCAGAGAGCUGGUUCAAGAGCCAAAUGGGCAGGACCAUCAGGCGCAAACUCAAUCAGCCUUGACCGAUUUGAUGGAGUUGGACAGUUCUCCCGCUGCUGAAAAAGCUCUCGGCGAUGACAGUGCCUCGCGGUCGGCAGCAAUGGCAAAGGCCAAUUUACCACACUCCGCUGAAUUUCAGUCGCUCGACGAGCUUGCUGGCUUUGAAAAUGACAACGUCGCCCACUACAACGAACAGCUGCGAGAACAAAACUGCCAACUCGACCGCCGCAUCCAAGACCUUCAGCGGCAGCUAUCCACGCUCACCACGGACAAGCAAAUCGCAGAAGAGAAAUCAGACACGCUUUCAGAGAAGUUAAACAGUCUAAAGCAAAGAAUGAACUCCAACAUGACAGAGGUAGAGAUCAGCAGCGAGGCGCUGGCAGACAAGGUUGAAGACCUAGGCAAAGAGAAUCGUGCGCUCAGAGAACAACUCAACGACGCACAGUCUCACAUUUUCAGCCUGCAGCCUUACCGGAAGGAACUGACCUCGGAAGAGGUUGGACAGGAGUAUGAUGCUCUCGUCGAACAAGUCCAGGACUGGGUUCAAAAGUUCAUGGAUCCGUGGUUGGAUGAUCACCAAGAAGGAGUUGAUUCCCUCCUCGGCAAUGCGAAGAAACGAGCAGUAGAUGCUACCAGAUUCAAGCACCUCUUGUACCAGUACCCCGAUCUACUCCAUGGCGCAAGCUUCCCGGAAACCGACGAGGACAUCAUCACAUCUGUGAUCAUGAGAUAUCUGCAUGACCACAUCUUUCAAACUGUACUAUAUGGUAUGAUUUCUCGUUACGUCGAGGUCAUAAGCUUCAUUGAGAAAGAAAUGCAAAUGUCGGUCGAGCCCAAGCGAGAUCUUUUCUCUGUGAGAACUUGGACUGCUGAAGCAUAUAACGCCCUUCUCAGUUCUCCCCAAUUCAAGGGGGUUCGCAAUGAACGACGCGAGGCUAUGACACGUGAACUCGCAAACAUACUCAAAAUAUUCUUUAAGAAAGAUCAAUUCAACUGGUUCUGUCAGAAUACGUGUCAACGAAUCGUCGUGCCCGCCAUGAGACUCUACGAGAAGCUACAAAUUUCAACUAACCACUUUUACCUUGACGUCAACUCUUUUAUCGUCAGAGCUGGAGGCGAGCUUACCACAUCCACUGAUUUUAUCGACACAGUCGAGAAUCUCGACUGCAAGAACGUACUGCAGAAUCGGAAGACAUUCAACAUAGGAAAACUUGAAACGCCGCCAUCCAAGAAGGAGCUUUAUCACCGCCUGCACAACGUCUGCACUGUGGUGCCGGCCUUGUACAUGAGACAGAUCGGACAGCGAGACGCAAUCAAGGAUCCUAUCGUGGUUCGGAAGCAGCAGAUGCUGGUUGCAUGGGGACCCGAGGAGAAACGCAAGGCAUAUCAGGAGAGCGGCGAACGAACGCUUGUGUCGCAUCUGUACGGGUUCAAGGGCGCGGGAGAAGGGUGGGCCUCCUUCCUGAGGUAA